AUGAAAUUAACAUAAGAGAUUAAAUUAUCCUUAUAAAAAACUCAGAAGGUCAUUUCAAUUCAAAUGGAUGUACAUCAUAUAAAUACAUUCGUCAAAAUAUUCAAAAAAUUUAUCUUUCCUGGAAGUAGAUGGUAAUAAGAAUAAUAAAAUAACAAAUCCAUCAAUACUACAUUCUAAGAACCUUUUCCUGAAAAUUUAUAAGAAUUCAUCAAAGAAAACAAUUGUUAAAUUCUAUAAAAGGAAGUUAUAGUUGGUUAUGAGGAUAUGACAUAUAAUGAAGUACUCUAAAAAUUAUUACCUCAAAAUGUUUCAGCACCAUAAGGUUAUGAGAUUAUUGGUAAAAUUGCUCAUUUCAAUUUGUCACCUGAAUAAUUACCAUAUAGAUAUUUAAUUGGUUAAGUACUUUUAGAUAAAAAUAAACAUUUGUAAACAGUAUGUAAUAAAUUGGAAAAAUUACAUAAUGUUUAUAGAACACCUUAAUUAGAAUUACUAGCAGGAAAGAAUUCAUAUGAUGCUAUUGUACCUGAAGGUGGUAUAAGGUUAUUUUUAAAUUUUGAAAAGGUUUAUUGGUGUACUCGUUUAUAUUCAGAAAGAGAAAGAAUUAUUAAAUUUAUAAAAGAAUUAUCAAAUGGUUAAAAAAUAAAAGUUUUAGAUUUAUUUUGUGGAAUUGGUCCUUUUUCAAUAAGAAUUGCUAAAGAUUUGAAUGCUAAUUGUUUAGCUAAUGAUUUAAAUCCAGAAUGUUUCAAUUAUUUAUAAAAGAAUAUAGUGGAAAAUAAGGUAUAGAAUUAAGUAAUUCCAUUGAAUAUGGAUGCUAGAGAAGUUGUAUUAAAGAUUUAUGAUAAGGAAAUAGACUUUGAUUUUAAUCAUGUUUAUAUGAAUUUGCCAGUUUUAGCAUUAAACUUCUUGGAUGUUUUCAAAGGAUUUACAUAGAAGACUGGAAAAUAAGAUUUACCAUAUAUUCAUGUAUAUGGAUUUGCAAAAGGGAAAGAUGAUUAAGAAUUGAUUGAAUAAUUUUCAUAAAGAAUAAUAAAAGGUUUACCUGGUUUUGAUAAAUCUUAAAUUUUAAGAUUCCAUAUUUUGAAGAAUGUAACUAAGAUGAAAAAAAUGUGUUGUUUAUCAUUUUAGUUAGAUAAAAAAAGUGCAGAAUCAGAUUUUGGUUUAUUGGAAUAAGAUGAUGGAAAUAAUAGUGAUUUUGAAGAUGAUGAAAAGGUUGAAUAAAAUGAAUAGGUUGAGGAGGUUAUAAAUAAGAAAGUAAAAAUAGAAUGAG